CACACACACACACACAGAAUGAUAGCGUUUCUGGAGCGAUUCUUACCUGAGAAUGAUACUGAAGCGAACCCAGAAGAUGAAGAUACAACUAAUAAAAGCCUAUGCUUGAACCUUGAGCUCCAGGGGAGUGUUGAUUUCACUUGUACCGGCGCCGCCGGCGAGGAUUUCGGUGGUAUCUAUCACACCAAACCACUUGCAGUCAUCAGACCGGCCGGCCCAGAAGACAUAGCUCGAGUUAUCAAAGCCGCUUCUCUUUCCUCAAAUCUCACGGUCGCCGCCAGAGGUAAUGGCCACUCCAUCAAGGGUCAGGCCAUGGCGGACAAAGGACUCGUCAUAGACAUGAGGUCCAUGGAAGCUCUAAUUGAUGUGGCAACCUCCGAUGAUGGCUCUGCAGCUUACGUGGACGUCGGAGGAGGGGUAUUAUGGGAAGAUGUACUCAGCCACUGUGUGCUUGGAUUUGGGCUAGCUCCUAGGUCCUGGACCGAUUACCUCGGGUUAACGGUCGGCGGCACGUUGUCUAACGCUGGGAUAAGCGGCCAAGCUUUCCGUUACGGUCCUCAGACCUCGAACGUGACAGAGUUAGAAGUGGUGAAUGGGAAGGGAGAAACUCUGGUUUGUUCUGAGAAUCAGAACCCAGAACUGUUCUUUGGGGUUCUUGGGGGACUGGGUCAGCUCGGGAUCAUCACCAGAGCUAGGAUUUUGCUUCAGAAAGCUCCGGACAUGGUAAGGUGGAUAAGGGUAGUGUAUACCGAGUUUGAUGAGUUCACUAGAGAUGCCGAGUGGCUGGUGAGUCAGGAAAGGGGAGGAGAAUCGUUCGAUUACGUGGAAGGUUUCGCUUUCGUCAAUAGCGAUGAUCCGGUCAACGGGUGGCCGACGGUACCGUUACGUAUGGACCAACGGUUUGACCCGAGUUGCAUUCCACCAAUCGCUGGACCCGUUCUUUAUUGCCUUGAGUUGGCCUUACACCACCACCAUGGACAAGACCAGUCUACCUCUCUAGAUAAGGUGGUAGGGCAGAUGCUGGGCCAGUUGAGUUAUUGUAGGAAUCUAAGGUUCGAGGUGAACGUCGGCUACAUGGAAUUUCUACUGCGAGUGAAGCCGGUUGAGCAAGCAGCCAAGGCUAGUGGCAUCUGGGACACCCCUCAUCCUUGGUUAAAUCUCUUAGUCUCCAAGCGUGACAUCCUCGACUUCGAUCGGGUUGUCUUCAAGAACAUCCUCAAGAACGGCAUUGGUGGGCCUAUGCUCGUCUACCCUCUUCGUAGAAGCAAGUGGGAUAGUAGGACAUCAGUAGUGUUGCCGGAAGGACAGGGAGAAGAGAUAUUCUACCUGAUAGCAUUGCUGAGGUUCAACUGGAGAGGGAAAGGGACUGGGAUGGAAGAAGAGGUUGCACAGAACGAGGAGAUAGUGAGGAGUUGCAGAGAGAAUGGCUUGGAUUUCAAGCAAUACCUUUCCCAUUACACAACCCAGGAUGAAUGGAAGAGACACUUCGGCAAACAGUGGCCCAGUUUCGUGGAGAGGAAGGCCCGUUUUGAUCCUUUUGCUCUUCUCUCUCCUGGCCAAUCCAUUUUCUCCAGGAUCUGCCCACAAGGAUAACACCAAAAUAUACAUAUAAGAUCCAUCUACCCAUCUUCAAGUUUCUUUGAAGAAGAAAAAAUCCAUUAAUGUCAUGUGUAGAAAAGGUGUCUGGAGGUAUUUUUAGUAAUUAUCUUGUUUAUAUAU